AUGAAGCUUCUGAGAUUAUCAUUACUAUUAUAUGUAAGUCGCUUUAGCUUAAAUGUUUGUUUAAUUAGGCCUAGAAGGAUCUUUGAAUGUUUCUCAUUAGGCUUAAAAGAUAUCUGAAUGUUCUUAAAAAUUAGGCCAAAACGCUUUUUGAAAUAUACUAAAAUUCAAAAAAAAUUAUUUUAGAUACUUGAGAGUACCAUAGCCGACUGGAGUCAAGAUGACUGUCAAACGAAUGAAGUUUUCGUGGAAUGUGGGUUCUGUGAAGGCACUUGUAACAUGCCUAUUGUGGUAAGACAGAAAUGUUUUUUAAAUUAAUAAGACAAUCAUAUUAUACCUCAUUUCACAGCUAUUUUUAUCCGUUAAUCUUAUUUUAGCUUAACUAAAACUCUACUCUUUCAGCUAAACUGCUCCACAGUCUGUCGCCCACCUCGAUGUGAAUGUCAAGCACAGACCGGCUUCGUGAGAGCUCACGAUGGAGCUUGUAUCCGACUGACUGAUUGUGAAACCUACAUUCCACCUUAUAAAAUGGACGCUCGUCAACUGCUAACUCGACCUCACGUCACUUUGAAAGGCCGGAAUGAACAAAACCACAAAAUGCCAGACCAAAUGCCAUACUAUAUCCAUUCUGGUAGUAUGCCUAGUCAACGACCCAUGAAGCCACAGAGGUUGCCUGAUCAGAACGUUACUCUACCUAAUGCGCCAUCACCUAGUACUAACCAAAAUCGAAAACAACCGGUUCUACAAGGACCAACCAGUACCAAUUAUGGACGUUUUGGAAUGGGCAAUAAGCGACCGGUCGGAUUGGAAAGAAACAGAUAUCAAGGUUUGCCUCCAGCUAGCCAAAUUGACCAGGUUGGUCGCCCUAGUGCUCAGCCAAAAAACGGCCAACCAGCUGGUACUUCUAGUCUCAUGGCAGAAGUACCAGCUGGUCAAACCCAACAAUAUGGUGAUGAAGGGCCUCAGAAGUUCAGUGAUGAAAAGCAAGGACAAUAUGGAGAGGCUGAAGGUAAUUCUGGAGUUGGAGCAUCUAAAGCAACAUCUGAGCAUAGUAAUUCUGAAGACAGUUUUGAUUCCGAAACUGACAAUAACCAUGAACUGUAUUCAGCUGAUGUUGUUCACAUGGAGGGUGACAAUCCAGACGUUUCAGAAGACAAAGAAUCAGGUUAUGAUAGUGAUCAAGCUUCUCUGAAGCGUUUUCAUGAUGAAAAGCCUAAUGCUAACAGGCAGAACAAGAUAUUGAGUAAAGCUCAUCAUAAAGAGCAAAUGGGUGUAGAUAGAAAUAGGAAAGACGUUCAUAAAGAUGACAAUGAUGAUGGUGACAAGCAUGAACAUGAUAAAAAUAACGAUGAAGACAAAGAAAACGAAGAUGUAGAUAAUAAUGGAGGUGAAAGGCAUGAAGAUGAAGAGUCGGCUUCAGAUGAUUCUGUAGAAGUUUCUGAGAAAGAAUUGAAGAAGGCUACGGUGGUCAAGGUAAAAUAUAACAACAAGGAAAGUAAAGGACCUCAUCUUCAACAAGAUGUUUUAUCAAAAGAUGAAAAAAACAAUGAAGAAUUAGUUAACAUGAACAUUAAAGAUGUUAACCAAGAAAAAUUAGAAGAAGAGAAGCUAGAAAAGCAGAAGCACAGAGAUAUGGCUAUACCUAAUAAGCUGAUUCAUAAUCAAAACCAGAAAUCAAAACUUACUGCCAAAAGUGUAAUAGUAGAUCAAGAUACAUCAAUAGAAUCUACGGAACAACUAUCAUCAUUAAACAAAGAAAUUGAUGGUGAUAGUGAGGAUCAGGACUUACUGUCUUCUACUUUAUUACCAAACAAGGUCAGACAGACGUUAUCUAACAGAAGCUUUAGAAAUUCUACAAAAUAUCGAAAGAAUAUAGCUAUCAAACUACCUCAAAAUCAAAAGAAAAAACUUAACAUUCAGAGAUGAUACCAAUAGUUCAACUAAACGUGGCACUAACUCUGAUGUCUCAGCCAAAGACAGUAGUAAAGACAACGAGAAAAACCCUAAAGACAAUGAUAAGACGGUGAAGCAUAGAGAUGAUGCAACAGAAUUGCAGUUCCCAUUAGAUGAAACAACUGACGACGUCUACGAUGAGUUUGAAGACAUCUCAAGCAACAAAAACGAUGACAAGUCAUCUGAAAAAGCGAAAAAUCAGAAUAUGGAGAAGAUGAAGAUGAUGAAAAGCGGACUGUCUAGUCGUAGAACGUCGUUUGGCAGUAAUAGUAGUAAGACUGUAAGAGACAGCAAUGCAAACCACAAAAAUGUAAAAAAUAAUAUCAAAGAAGAUGAAAUUAUUAGGAAUGGCACGAAAAGUACACAAGUGAGUACGAAGGACGACAAAUUAAAAGAAACAGUACCGAAGAGUAAAAAUAGUGUCAGUUUUGUAAACGAAAGAUUCGGCCGAAGAAAUAUGGAAAAAGAAGCCAGAAGGGACAUAACCUUGGUCGAUAAACAACGUAGAAAAGAUACGAUAGCUAUUUCUGAAGAAGAAAAGUCGACUGAAUCUUUAGCUGUCGUAUCAGGUGUCAAAAGUAUGGUAAAAAAAAAUGAUGAUAAUGUUGUUGAUGAUUCUACUGAUAGUGAUCAUACUAAUCAAAGAAAAAAUAUUGCUACAAGCAGUAGUGAUGGUAAGAAUAGUACUACAAUUACUAAAGCCAGCACCACUAAGAGUGCUGACUCAAAAAGUGAGGAUGUAGGUAUUGCUGACAGUAAAAACGAGACUGUAUUUACUACAAACAAAGGUACUAUAGAGAAGAGUAACAACACGUUGGUGGACAAUGAAAAGCUAGAUGACCCAGAGGAUAUGUUUGACUUUAUAUCUGGUUCUAAACAACAAACGAAGCCGGUAGGGGAAAUGCCUUUACCACCAUCUCCACAAUACCAUGUGGUAGACAGUAGCUCCAUCAGACCGCCGGCAGGUUAGUUAGAAUAUAUUAUAUAUUACUUUAUAUAACUGUUAGGUUGUUCAAAUAGUUAUGCGCCCCUUAAGAGCAAAAACUUGCUUUGAGAAGGGGCACAGAAUUAUUUGAAAAACAUAAUAGAAGCGGCUGUUGAUUCUAUCACAAAACAAGUUUUUAAAGUUAAACCUGUAGUGAUAAAUUUAAAAAUUUUUAAAAAGUUAUUUUUUAUCACCCUCAAGGCAAAAUUGCUCGUCUUACGCUACCUUUAUAGAAAAACUAACUAAACUUGCUUUUCAGCAGAUAUUCAACCACCUGCGCCAAGUCCAGAACCUAAACAUUAUGACAAAUUGAAAGAAAAACAUGCUCGUUCUUUAGAAGUGGCAGUAGAAAAGGAUGAUAACAUUGAUUCAUCAGCUCCAUACGGCUACAAAAUUCACAGAAGUCGACGAUUUUUACGAUUAAAAGCCCUGCCAAAAAUUCAAAAUGUUAAAAUUUAA